AGGUAUCAGACGUGUUCAGGAUCUCUGCAAAGUUCUUCGACUUCCUUCUCUGUUUGAAGAUACUGCUGUGUCCUAUUACCAGAAGGCAAUCAAAUGCCCAUGCUUUGCUUUUGUCAGCUUAGAGAAGAAGGAGAUAAUUAUAGGUUGCUGUGUUUUUGUGACCUGUAGACAGCACAACUGGCCCUUGACAAUGGGCACUGUCUGCUUGCUCCUUUAUGCAGACAAGGAACUGUUUGCCAGAACCUACUUGCAGUUCUUGAAGGAAUUGGCACUAGAUGUACCAACUCUGAGCUUGAUCGAUCUUGUGAAAACACAUCUCAACAGCUUUAAGCUUUUCCAGGAAUCGUCCAGCAUCCCAGCCAAAUUUCUGGAAGACAAGGAGAAGCUGUUGGCAAGGACAAUCCAGAUAAUAGAGCUUGCCAGUGAGACGUGGCUGGUGACUGGUCGGCACCCCAUCCCCAUUGUGAUGGCAGCAGCCUUCUUGGCAUGGCAGUCUUUGCGACCUGUUGAUCGCCUCGCUUGCACCCUUGCAAAGUUUUGUAAGCUUGCUAACAUGGACAUGCCACGGCCAGCCCCACAAAGACUGAAGGAAUUGCAUAAUAUCCUCCUUCAGAUGGCCUCUCAACUAGGUUGGUUGCGAGGGCUCAAAGUGGACCGGAGGACUGUGUCAAAAUACGUUGGAGACUUGCUGCAACAUCGCCGUGUGCUUCUACGGGCGGCUUUCCGUGUGGUGGAUACCACAAAAGACUACGAGCCUGAGAACUUCACGGCACCAUCAGACCAUCAGCCUACAAAAGCAACCGUUGCUUUGACGGAAGAGGCUUCUGUUGCUGGGAAGAAGCGGAUGCCUUUGCUUCCCCCUUGUAUCCUGUACCCAACAAAGAAGCCUCGACCCAGCAAUCCAGACCCUGAAGGUCCAGCCGUCACAGGGGAUGAGCCCAUUUUAGACAGUGAGAUCGAACAAUACAUCCGGACUCCAGAAGAAACGGAACUGUAUAGCAAAAUGCAAGUUCGCCUGUGCUAGUGAAGGUAUUUAGUGAGGGUUAAAAGCCUGCAGUCAGUGGCAACAGGUUGGGUUUCUUAUAUUUAUAGUUCAUAGUCCCAGACAUAUUUUUAUUUGGAGAUUAGAUGAAAUCCUUAUGUUCAGGAACGAACAACCUUGUAUCUUAAUGGUCUUCUGCAGUCUGUUUGCUUUGUAUGCAUUAGUUUGGGUUUUCUGAAUUCACAGUACCAACAAAAUAUAGAAGGUUAUAAUAAAGAUUGGGGAAAGCAGCGCUAAAACAUGAGCUUUAGGGGUUUUUUGCUAGAUGUUGGAAUAAACAUAAUUAAUAAUUUUCUUAAAAGGCAGCUCUUUGGCCUAGAUGUUUGUUGGUGAACACACUAAUAUGGUUCUGCUACAUUUUUAGUCCUGAACAUCAGAAAAAGUUGGAUUUAAUCUUACUACACUGAAGCUUAAUGAGCUGCAUCCGAUACACUCCUGGUUUAUUUUGCUUGCUAUUUUUUGAAUUGGAUUGACCUUCUUUCCAGUUCAAACAUUGCUUUGCAUGUUAUUUUAGAAGUUUCCCUUGUGAGUCUGGUAACACUGAAGGUAAACAUUCAGUGGACAUAGGCUCUGCAGUCAUUGACUGAGGUUGAAAGUGAUAUAAGUAGUUUAGAGCAGGGCAUAUUGUGAUUCACAUACCUAUUUAUCUGGGGGGGGGGCAAGAGGAAUAAGCAUGAUCAUGAAUGCCAUGAUGUCAUCAUGCAAAUAAGCUAAUUAUCAUACGUAUAAAUGGGAUGAACUCAGCAUAUCCCUUUAAAUCUUAUGAGUGAAACUCCACUUUUCAGCUUCUGUUUUCCCCUCUUGUUAUUUGGCUAGUACUUACAACUUGUGUUUGACUUCAGAUAUAUAUAUAAGCUGAAAUAGGAAGAUUUGAGAUGAAUUGGCCCAGUUGGGAUGAUAAAACACCUUUUGAAUGGGUGCAGAAGUUGGGCUUUUCCAGCCCUCAUGAAUAGUAGGUGGGAGAAAACCAUUCAUUAAGAGUGUGCAGGAGAUUUGCCUCCUAUCCCCAGAAUCUGAGAUGACCAGUGUAGUUGCUUGAAUGGCUGUUUACCUCCCACAGAUCUUUUAAGUGUUGGGUAAACGAGUCCCACUGCUUGGAAUCAGUUUAGAAGUUUGAAAUAUUAAAAGAGUGUAGGUUGGGAUGGCAAAGCAUGGGUGGAACAUAAAAGCAAUACCUAGUUCAUUGGAUAUUGCAGUUCUUUUAAUAUAUUAAACAAGAAACAUCUUCUAAAAACAGUUCAUUUGUAUAAAAUGCAAACACAACAAAAAAUGUAUUAAAUGCUUUCUUUGGCA